CGGAGGGAAGACGUUGUGCGGCGGGAGGGGCAGGGACCCUCCCCUUGCCCCCCGGGCGCUUCUGGGGCCCGGGAGGACCCGUGAGGGUAUGCGGGGUUGCAACCAGGCCUGGUACCCACAGACCCUCCCUGGGGCAGCGCCUCGGUGGUGGCCGCGCCUUAGUCCGCCUGUGCCCGCCGGCCCCGGAGGACGUGCCAGACGGACAGCGCGUCCCGCCGACUCCAGCCGGCGGGAGGGCUCGGAAUCCGGAGCGGGAAAAGGUUCGGAAGCCGCGGCCAGUUAGCUCUACACAGACUUUUCUUUAGUUUUUAUGAAUUUAAUGUGUGGCCCAAGACAACUCUUCUUCCAGAGUGGCACAGAGAAGCCAAAAGGUUGGACAUUUCUGCAAGAUCCACAGAAUACUCAAUUUCAAGAGUAAACUCUAAGCCAGGGAUAUGAAAUAAAUACUGUUGUGAGUGGAGAUAAAGUUUCCGUAAUUAUUCUUGAGGAGCUCAACCAUUACUGACUACUAGCAGGACUGUUGGACAGUUUUUGUCCAGGGCUGAGUUUGAACCCACCACCUCCAGCAUAUGGGACCAGUGCCCUACUCCUUUGAGCCACAGGCGCCACCCAACUGAAAGAAAUUUCAAUAAAAUUUGAGACUACCAUGGCUGCAGGAGUUUUGCCUCAGAAUGAACAACCGUAUUCUACUUUGGUGAUUAACAAUGGGCAUGAUGAAAACACGAAAGAGAAUUCAGAACGUCCGACUCCAAAGUACACAAAAGUAGGAGAGCGUUUACGGCAUGUCAUUCCUGGACAUAUGGCAUGUUCCAUGGCAUGUGGUGGUAGAGCAUGCAAGUAUGAGAACCCAGCCCGCUGGAGUGAGGAGGAACAAGCCAUUAAGGGGGUUUACUCAUCCUGGGUCACUGAUAAUAUCCUGGCUAUGGCCCGCCCGUCCUCUGAGCUUCUCGAGAAGUACCACAUCAUUGAACAAUUCCUCAGCCAUGGCAUAAAAACGAUAAUCAACCUGCAGCGCCCUGGUGAGCAUGCCAGCUGUGGGAACCCUCUGGAACAAGAAAGUGGCUUCACAUACCUUCCUGAAGCUUUCAUGGAGGCUGGCAUUUAUUUCUACAAUUUCGGGUGGAAGGAUUAUGGUGUCGCAUCUCUUACCACCAUCCUAGAUAUGGUGAAGGUGAUGACAUUUGCCUUGCAGGAAGGAAAAGUAGCUGUCCAUUGUCAUGCAGGGCUUGGUCGAACAGGUGUCUUAAUAGCCUGUUACUUAGUUUUUGCAACAAGAAUGACUGCUGACCAAGCAAUUAUAUUUGUGCGGGCAAAGCGACCCAAUUCCAUACAAACCAGAGGACAGCUACUCUGUGUAAGGGAAUUUACUCAGUUUCUGACUCCUCUCCGCAAUAUAUUUUCUUGCUGUGAUCCCAAAGCACAUGCUGUCACCUUAACUCAGUAUCUCAUUCGUCAGCGUCACCUACUUCAUGGCUAUGAGGCGCGACUUCUGAAACACGUGCCAAAAAUUAUUCACCUCGUUUGCAAAUUGCUGCUGGACUUAGCUGAGAACAGACCAGUGGUAAUGAAGGAUGUGUUUGAAGGACCUCGUCUCUCUGCUGAAAUAGAAAAGACUGUGUCUGAGAUGGUCACAAUGCGGCUGGACAAAGAGUUACUAAGGCAUGACAGUGAUGCAUCUGACUCAUUUAACCCCAGUGCAGUUGUGACAGAUAUUGAGAAUCAAGAUGUGAUUCUUUCCAGUGAGCAAGAGUUUGACCCCCUUUGGAAGAGGCGGAAUGUUGAGUGCCUUCAUCCCUUGACUGGUCUGAAAAGGCAUCUCAGCUACAGUGACACUGAUUUAAAGAGGGCUGAGUCCCUCAUGGAACAAGGGGAGACUCCACAGACGGUGCCUGCCCAGGUCUUACUUUACCACAACUCCCGGCACCUGAAGCCUGUAAGCCAUCGUUACGUCCCACAGUCUCCAGAACUGGAUUUACAUAAGGAAGCAUUGGUUCGCAGCACAUUUUCUUUCUGGAGUCAGUCUAAGUUUGGAGGCUUAGAAGGACUCAAAGAUAAUGGGUCGCCCCUUUUCCAUCGGAGUAACAUUCCAAAGGAAGCACAGCAGAGUGGAGCUUUGUCUCCAGGUGUUUCAGGCCCACACAGCCCUGGGGAACCACGUUCACCCAAUUUUGCAAACAUUCGUAAGGAUCUAAACCCUGCUCACCAGCAAGUAGGCCACUGUCAGUGUGAAAUUCGUGGUGGUUGGGCUCCUGGCUCUGCUAAGGAGGGCAGCAGGACUCACCGAAGCCCUCUGGAUUAUGUCUGUAGUCCCAAAGCACAGUUCUUACUUGGACAUAAAACCCAGGACAACAAAGAUCUAUCUGAAGCAACUCCACACUCUCCUUUGCUAUCUGAAUUGAGUGUUGAAGCAAGGAGAAUACUGGCAGCCAAAGCCCUGGCAAAUUUAAAUGAGUUUGUAGAAAAGGAGGAAGUGAAAAAGAAGGUAGAAAUGUGGCAGAAAGAACUAAAUUCCCGAGAUGGAGCUUGGGAAAGAAUAUGUGGCGAGAGGGACCCUUUUGUCCUGUGCAGUUUGAUGUGGUCUUGGGUCGAGCAACUAAAGGAACCUGUAAUCACCAAAGAAGAUAUGGACAUGUUGGUUGACAGACAGGCAGAUCCCGCAGAAGCCCUGUUUUUGUUAGAGAAGGGACAACAUCAGACUAUUCUCUGCGUGUUACAUUGCAUAGUGAGCCUGCAGACGGUUCCCAUGGACGUGGAGGAAGCCUUUCUUGCUCAUGCCAUUAAAGCUUUCACUAAGGUUAAUUUUGAUUCCGAAAAUGGACCAAUAGUUUACAACACCCUGAAGAAAAUAUUUAAGCACACGCUAGAAGAAAAAAGAAAAAUGACAAAAGAUAACCCAAAGCUUGACCUCUAGUGAAGCUGACUCCUUGCAGUGAAUAUUGCAGACCUAAAUUUCCAGUUCAUAUGUGAAUAAGUUGAAAUUUGUGGAGCUACUUUUUCUCAUAGCACUUUAUUUUAAAUACUAUCAGUUUGUGCUGAGAAUGAUCAUUCCUAUUUAGAGGAAUUAUUUAUUUUAAAAUAUCCUUGAGCUACAUUUUUGUUUUG